UGUCCUGGCAUUGAAUAUUCUCUUCCCUAGCAAAGUUUGAUCUUCCAUUCUUUCUCUCAGCUCCGUUUCAGUCUUAUUAGAUAGAGAGGGAAGCAUACACACACAGUAGUCACACACACACAGAAUAUGGCGACUCUCUCUUCUACUGUCUCUGCAAUCUCAGUGUCAUCAAAUUCCUCCCUGAAACCGAGAAAGUGUAAAAACUUAGCUUCCUUCAACUCUCAAAACCCUCUCCUUUUAAAUCUUCUCUCUUCUAGUCAGGCCUCUGGUUCAUCUCAUCAAUUGAUUACAAGGAAGUUGUACAGAGUCCAGGCAUCAGUCUUGCAAGAUAGCGAGGAGAAAGUAGUUGUGGAGGAAUCCUUCCAACCAAGGACUAUUCCUGAUGCUGAAGGGAAGGAAAAGCAUGGGGAAUCAUCUGAGGGUUCAUCUUCUAGUGAGUUGGAGAGAUGGGUUAUUAAGUUUGAACAAUCUAUAAAUAUCUUUCUCACGGAUUCAGUGAUAAAGAUACUUGAUGCUCUGUACCGGGACCGAAACUAUCCAAGGUUUUAUGUAUUGGAAACUAUCGCAAGAGUUCCUUAUUUUGCUUUUAUUUCUGUACUGCACUUGUAUGAGAGCUUUGGUUGGUGGAGAAAAGCAGACUAUCUGAAAGUACACUUUGCUGAGAGCUGGAAUGAAAUGCACCAUCUGCUUAUAAUGGAGGAAUUGGGUGGAGAUGCUUGGUGGUUCGACCGUUUUCUUGCUCAACAUAUUGCAGUAUUUUAUUAUUUUAUGAUAGUCUUUAUGUAUGCUUUAAGCCCACGAAUGGCAUAUCAUUUUUCAGAGUGUGUGGAGCACCAUGCAUAUGAAACUUAUGACAAAUUUAUCAAGGCCCAAGGAGAGGAAUUGAAAAAACAGCCUGCACCUGAAGUUGCAGUGAAAUAUUACACUGGAGGUGACUUGUACUUGUUUGAUGAAUUUCAAACUGCAAGAGUUCCUAAUUCCCGGAGGCCAAAAAUAGAGAAUUUGUACGACGUGUUUAUGAACAUCAGAGAUGAUGAAGCAGAACAUUGUAAGACGAUGAAGGCGUGCCAAACUCAUGUGGAUCUUUGCUCCCCUCACUCGAAUCCAGAGUAUUCAUUUGAAGAUGAAUCUGGCUGCAUCCCGCCUAUAAAAAAAUCAGUCACAUCUCCUCAAGCAAAGGAAAAGUGAUACUGAUGAAAGAAGUGUGAGAAUCGAUACCAAUGAAUACAGUGUAUAGAAAUUAUAGAUCCAAUGUAAGUUUUCCGUUUUCAACUUUACCCUUUCUGUAUAUAUGUUGCAAUGAUUGUAUUUGUAGUUUCUAAAGGGCUUUGAGCUUGACCCUAGUUUAUAUAUUAUGUUUGACA